CCCCCCACCGGAAGUGGGGCCGGCUGUAGCGUGGCGACUGCGGACUUGAGAGUGCCGGGUCCGAGGGCCUUGCGCUUCCCUGGCCGCGCCCACGAUGACCGCGAAUGUGGUGUGGAUGCUCCUGGGUUCCACAGCGCUCUGGCUCUCUCUGCCCGGCGGCGGGACGGCCUCCGCGUCCAAGGCGGUGACGGCCCACCUGGCCGCAAAGUGGCCCGAGACCCCGCUGCUGCUGGAGGCGAGUGAAUUUAUGGCAGAAGAAAGUAAUGAAAAAUUUUGGCAGUUUUUGGAAACUGUACAAGAAUUAGUAAUUUAUAAGCAAAGAGAAUCAGAUUAUUCUUAUUACAACUUAAUCCUGAAGAAAGCUGGACAAUUUUUAGACAAUUUACACAUCAAUCUCUUAAAGUUUGCUUUCUCUAUAAGGGCAUACUCUCCAACUAUUCAGAUGUUUCAACAGAUUGCAGCUGAUGAGCCACCACCAGAUGGUUGUAAUGCAUUUGUGGUUAUACAUAAGGAACACACCUGUAAAAUUAAUGAGAUUAAAAAGCUGCUGAAGAAGGCUACUUCAAGGCCCAGACCGUAUCUGUUUAAAGGAGAUCAUAAAUUUCCUACAAACAAAGAGAACUUACCAGUGGUUAUCCUCUAUGCAGAAAUGGGUACUAGAGCAUUUGGUUCAUUUCACAAAGUAUUGUCUGAAAAAGCUCAAAAUGGGGAAAUUCAGUAUGUUCUUCGCCAUUAUAUUCAGAAACCAAGCUCACGGAAAAUGUACUUAUCUGGCUAUGGUGUAGAACUAGCAAUUAAGAGUACAGAAUACAAAGCAUUGGAUGAUACCCAAGUUAAAACUGCGAUUAAUACUACUGUAGAGGAUGAGACUGAAACAAAUGAAGUUCAAGGAUUUCUUUUUGGGAAACUAAAAGAAAUAUAUUCGGAUCUUAGAGAUAAUCUGACAGCAUUCCAAAAAUACCUGAUUGAGAGUAACAAAGAAAUGAUGCCUUUGAAAGUCUGGGAACUACAAGAUCUUAGUUUUCAAGCAGCUUCUCAAAUAAUGUCCACUCCAGCUUAUGAUGCCAUUAAACUGAUGAAAGAUAUUUCACAGAACUUCCCCAUAAAAGCCAGAUCUCUGACCAGAAUUGCUGUAAAUCAACAUAUGAGGGAGGAAAUACAGGAAAAUCAAAAGUAUCUCCAAGAUAGAUUUGAAAUUCAGCCAGGUGAUGCUCAUCUAUUUAUAAAUGGCCUGCCUCUUGAUAUGGAUGUUUAUGAUCCUUUUAGUAUUUUGGAUAUGCUGAAAUUAGAAGGAAAAAUGAUGAAUGGACUUCACAAUCUUGGGAUCAAUGGGGAAGAUAUGAGCACCUUUUUAAGAUUAAAUUCACACGUUUCACACGUUUCGGAACAUUCCUAUGUGUUAGAUAUUCGGCAUUCCUCUAUAAUGUGGAUUAAUGACUUAGAAAAUGAUGGUUUGUAUGUUACAUGGCCUACAAGUUGCGAGGAACUUCUGAAGCCCAUAUUCCUUGGAAGUAUACCUUCCAUAAGGCGUAAUUUUCAUAAUUUGGUUCUAUUUAUUGAUCCUGCUCAAGAAUAUACCUUGGAUUUUAUGAAACUUGCUGACCAUUUCUAUUAUCAUAAAAUUCCUCUUAGAAUUGGUUUUGUGUUCAUUCUUAAUACAGAUGAUAAAGUUGAUGGAACAAAUGAUGCUGGAGUUGCUCUUUGGCGAGCUUUCAACUAUAUUGCAGAAAAACAUGAUGUGUCAGAAGCAUUUAUUUCCAUAGUACAAAUGUACCAAAAAGUGAAGAGUCAAAAUAUACUCACUGUGGACAAUGUUAAGAGUGUUCUCCAAAAUAAAUUUCCUUAUGUUAAUAUUUGGGAUAUUUUGGGAAUUGAUUCUAAAUAUGAUAAAGAAAGAAAA